GCUGGGGCCCGAGCGCCGGGCGGAGUGCGAGCGGGGUCCGCAGCCGGAACCCGGGCCAGGCCGGGGUUCGGGACCGCAGGGCCGGGCUGCUCGUAGCGGCGGCGACAGAGCCCCCCAGUGGCUGAGGGGCUUCCUCCCGGCUCCCGCGGGUGGCUGGGACCCAGCGAGCCCCGCAGCCGGAGACCGCGGGGAUCCCACCUCCACAUCCAGGAUUUUGCAAGCCCGGGGAAAGCGGGGAGGGGGGCGCGGAUCCAACACUGAGCAUCUUCCCCGCGGGGAUUUGCGGAGACUUCCUUGUGUUCCGAGGACAGCGACCUUCCCCACGGCACCGCGAAGACGCCCUCUUCUGCCUGUCCCCCGAGAUCCCGAACUCUGGGCCCCGACCGGGAUCGCAGGAGCCCCCUCCCAAGACCCCGGUCAUUACUGCUCCACACCUGAAGACACGAAGACCCAGCUCCAACCUCCCCUAAAUCAGGGGAUCCCACCCCCCAACUCUGGUACACAGAAACCCCAAAUCCAGGACCCGAGGACAGCAAGAAAUAGUUCUCACCAGCAAGAAGCCUGGGCGACCCCCUUUAAAGACCCGAGCCACGGAGCCACUCGCAUCUCAGCCCGUGAUUGUGGCGCCCUGAGCCCCCCGGGCGGGGCAGACGGAGACCGAGACGGCGCCCAGGCCCCCUGCCGCGGCUUCCCCGCGGCCCCAGCCCAGGGAGAAGAUGAGCGUGGGCUGCCCAGAGCCCGAGCCACCCCACUCCCUGCCCUGCUGUGGGCUGGGGACUGCCCCUGGGCCGGGAGCAGGCGUGCCCCUCCUCACAGAAGACAUGCAGGCGCUGACCCUCCGCACACUGGCUGCCAGUGAUGUCACCAAGCACUAUGAACUUGUCAGGGAACUAGGCAAAGGCACCUACGGGAAGGUUGACCUGGUGUCCUACAAGGGUACAGGCACAAAAAUGGCGCUGAAGUUUGUAAACAAGAGCAAAACAAAGCUGAAGAACUUUCUGCGGGAGGUCAGCAUCACCAACAGCCUGUCCUCCAGCCCCUUCAUCAUCAAGAUCUUCGACGUGGUCUUCGAGACAGAAGACUGCUACGUCUUCGCCCAGGAGUAUGCGCCUGCUGGGGACCUGUUUGACAUCAUCCCUCCCCAGGUGGGGCUGCCCGAGGACACCGUGAAGCGCUGCGUACAGCAGCUGGGCCUGGCGCUGGACUUCAUGCAUGGGCGGCAGCUGGUGCACCGCGACAUCAAGCCCGAAAACGUGCUGCUCUUUGACCGUGAGUGCCGCCGCGUGAAGCUGGCGGACUUCGGCAUGACGCGCCGCGUGGGCUGCCGCGUGAAGCGCGUGAGCGGCACCAUCCCCUACACGGCGCCCGAGGUGUGCCAGGCGGGCCGCGCCGACGGCUUCGCGGUGGACACGGGUGUGGACGUGUGGGCCUUCGGCGUGCUCAUCUUCUGCGUGCUCACUGGCAACUUCCCGUGGGAGGCGGCGUCCGGGGCCGACGCGUUCUUCGAGGAGUUCGUGCGCUGGCAGCGAGGCCGCCUGCCCGGGCUGCCCUCGCAGUGGCGCCGCUUCACCGAGCCCGCGCUGCGCAUGUUCCAGCGGCUGCUGGCGCUGGAGCCCGAGCGCCGCGGCCCGGCCAAGGAGGCGCCCCCCGCCGUGGGGCCGGUGCCCGUGCCGGUGCCGGUGCCUGAGGCCGGCCUGGCGCCUCCGGGCCCCCCCGGUAGGACAGACGGCCGCCCGGACAAGAGCAAAGGGCAGGUGGUGCUGGCCACGGCCAUCGAGAUCUGUGUCUGAGCCGCCCCUGCCGCCGCCGGGCCGGGGCGCCAAGUGCACAGCCCUGGACCCCCCGCCGAGCAGCGCUGUUCAGCUCGAGCGCCAGCGGGAGACAGUAGUGUAGACUAGGAGGCCGCGGGGGCCUGGUACCCAGUCGGUCAUCCCAGCGGGGGACAGCCGCCAGAGGACCUCCGCGGCUGGGAGGGCGGAUGGCGGCAGGAAGAGCCCAGCCCCGCAAACCCAAUGAUUCAGAGGCGCCCCCCCACACACACCGGCAGCCAGGGAGCUUGCAGGCCAGACUCCCCGACACCUCACUCCUGCCCAGGAGCCCUACCAGCCAUGCUGGCUUAUACCCCAUGGCAGAUGGAGCCUCAGCCCCUGCCCUUCCGCCCUCCCUACUUGGUCCCCACCCUGCUCUGGGCACAGAAGUGGCUCGAAGCGUCUGGGCCCAACGUGGGAGGAAGACACUCUGUCGUGCACCUUCCUUCAGAGGCUGGAAGGAGAGGCCAAAUCCCUGAACACGUAGGAGAAGUCUGGGUGUUUUGUGUGUGCACGUGCAUGCAGCACAGGCUGCAAGCAUCUAGUGUGCCCCACACCCCCGUUUGACUGGGAGGCCCAGCCCUGGAGGGCAGGCAGCUGGUCUUGGAUGCACAGCCGCAGAGCCCCCUCCCCGACCUCCAUCCCCUCUCUUUGGUCCUCUACAAGGGCUUUCUGGGACAGAAGGGCCCCAGGGCAGGGGUCCAGCGGAAGGUGGGCACUGGCCUAUCCCAACCCUUGCUGUUCCAGCCCAGACAUGGCCUGGAUUUCCCAUGACAGUAGGGUGACUGUGCCAGUGAUUUCUCCUGGGUUUCUGCUGGGGUGAGCAUGUCCACCUCCAGGAGUUUGGCUGACCCCAUCCAUCCCCACUCUUCCCCAGUUUCUGGUCCUGGUGGAUUUAGAAGCAAGGGGCAUCUGGGGAUAGGAAGGGGGCUGGCCCUGUGAGUGGGAACCACUCCACGCAGAGGACAGACGCGUGGGUGCAGCCUUGUGCAAUCUGACUACUGCGCAGCCAGACACCUCCCAGCCUCACCAAGGUCCCCUGCCAGGCAGCUGUCACCACACCCCUCAGGGAACCCACAAAGAGGCACCUGCAGGUAGGCUUAGGCCCCCAGGCAGGAAAGCUGACUCAGAGGAGGCAACCUCGUGAGGCCUGCCCUCAGGAGGCCUGGGACCCUGGCAAUCACCUCAGUGUGGGUGAGGCCACACCCUCUUCCUGGCAGUGCCCAACCACUGGCCUGGGCUGCCUCUCCCUAGGUCCCUCCUGAGGCUCUGGGGCAUUCUAGGGGGCUCCUGAUGGGCCAGGCUGCCUACAAAGGACACAGACCACCCUCCAGCCUGGAGCUCCAACCUCCCAUUACCCCUAAAAAGGGCUAUAGGUCCCCCUGCCCUGCCCGGGUCCAGUUUACAAAUGGCGUACAGUUGCCCCAGGGCCUGGCCCAGCUCUCCUCUGUGUGCCCACUUCUCAAGACCUUGCCUCCCCGGUGGGCACGGGGCCCACAUGCCAGGUAAGUAGCAAACCCCUCCUUCUGCCAAGAGCCGACUCAGAAAGGCCCUGUCACUGCCCCGCCCACUCGGGGCCUUCUGGCCCUUCCCAGCCGCGACUUCUCCUUUUUGCCUUAGGCCUCUCGACAUCCUGAUCUCUUGCAAUAACAAGGAAGCGAGACUCCACAUAGAUGUCCCUCUGCGUGUGCCCUUUUUUUCUCUCUCUGUUGAGAUCUUGUUUGGGAGUGUUCUCCCUCAGUGUCAUAGAAUAGGCUGUUAGAGCUGGGAAGGGGCGGCAGGCAUGUAGCCCAGUCCCCUCAGAGCUGAGGACCAGCCUGACCCCUGCAGGACUGGACCGGGUCAGGGCUCCGCUCCUGCUUUGCCCUGCUGCUGCCACUGUCUUGGGAGGGCUGGGAUCCUUUACCCCUUAGGGGAGGUGUUGGUCGAGAUGUUUACCUCAGUUUAUGUCACUGUCAAAGAAACAAAUUAGCAAAAAAUUAACACUGUAGAUGUGGAGAUGUAGAGACAGAACCCCCCCCCCCAACAAAAAACCCUCUCUUGGGACUCCUCUGUAGAGGUACAGUGUGUGCUCACACGUGUAUGUGUCUCUGUCCCACCCUGGGGCAGUCAAGUCAUCCCUGACCUCUGUCCCUGCCCCGAGGUCCCCCACAGUGUCCCAUGUCCUUCGGUGCUUCCCAGAGACCCCACUGAGCUGGCCUGUGGGGUGUGGGGAGCCCCCUGGAUGGGAGUGGGGCCACAGGUCAGCCAAAGGGUUCCCCACAAGGCUUGCUUAGCAGAGCCAAGGCUGCUGGUGCACCCUGAGCCCAGCACGGCCCCAGUAGCUGGCAUCAGUGGUCACGCCUGGCUCAGGGCCUGAGUAAGAUCCUGAGUGUAGUCGCAGGCCCCACACUUUCAUGUCUUGCCCCUCACCCACACCCCAUGCGUUUGUAAAUACUCUGGCAUCCUUUGGCCCUGAGGUGGUUUUUAAAUGUGUUACUUCUCUAAUCAUGACAAUUGCUAUAAAAUAAACGAAAGUUUAGAAAAAUUA